UCCGGAUACAUAUGACAGACAAGGAAGCCACACCAAUCCCAAUGACCCGGAUGUUGGGUGUAUACAAAUUUGUUUACGGAAUGGCGUCUUGGACAUGGAUCUAAGUGCGAGGGACUGAAGAGACAAAUUGAAGAGAAAUUCCUUGAUGUCAUCUGGUUAGAAUGAAAUGGGGAACGCUUUGAAAAUGACAUCUAAAAAGAGAAACGGUAAGGUGAAGAUAUCCACCCCAUCUAACUUUGAGCAUCGAGUGCACACCGGCUAUGAUCGCAGACUGGGCAAGUAUGUGGGGCUACCGCCCCAGUGGGCCAGCAUCAUUGGAGCAGAGGAGACCAGACCCAAACCAAUCGUUGAUCCAUCCUGUAUUACACAGACUGAAGCCUUUGAAUUGAAGGGUAUUGUCCGGGGCUCCAAUGCACAGUCUCCUGAGCAGAAUGGGACGAAGCCUCGGAUGUCUGUGGCACGCUCCAACUCUCUGCGCAGUCGUGGCAGCCCACCUAGGAGCAGGAGGAGAAACCAGGAGGAGGAUCCACAAGGCCAACAAGGCCCUCAAGGGGGCGGGGAAAAGAAACCUGAAGAUAACACGAAGAUUCCAGCACAUCCGUAUGACCAAAACCCAAACAGCAGUGCCCAGCAGAUGAUGAUGAACAGAGAGAUGAGGGACCGAUUGAACUCUAAAGGAAGCGGUGGUAGUGGUGGUAGUGGUCCCCCACCCAAUCAUCCAGACCAAAGGGGUAACCAGUACGCACCAAGAGAGGGCAGCUACAGACCAAAUGACAACCAGGGUCCACCAAACGGACGACCACAAAAUGGACCAGACGGUCCGCAGAGGCCGGUGAACAGUAGAGGCAAUUAUGAGCCUAUGGAUAACUAUAACAAGGAUAACUAUGAGAGAAUGGACAAUUAUAGUAGUGGAGAUCCCAGAGCUAGGGAUGACAGGCAGAACAGGGGGGCCAGUCUUGGUCGAGGGGUGGAUCCCAUGAGAAGAGAUCAGCCACCACAAGGUGAUCCAAGGAAUAACCCCAGGAAUGACCCUAGGAAUGACCCUAGGAAUGACCCCAGGAAUGACCCCAGACAAAAUCCUAGGCAGGAUCCUAGGCAGGACCCUAGGUAUGACCCAAGAAAUGAUCCAAGACGUACGGACCCAAGAAACCAAGACCCAAGAAACAGGGACCCAAGGAAUCAGGAUCCCAGGAACCAGGAUCCAAGGUACCAGGACAGGCGACCUGAUGGCCACAGUCUACCACGAGGGGCAUCAGGAGACCCUCGCGCUCACCCACCUCAAGGCCAAGGACCACCAGGCUACCCUGGAGGACCAGGGGGGCCACGAGGAGAUCCCAGAGGAGAUCCCAGAGGAUACCAAAGAGACAGUACUAGCAGUGGAGGAUCAGGUCCUAGAACAACCGGUUCACCAGGCCAGCCCCAACCACCUGGGGGAUUCCCACCAAGGCACCCAGAUGCACAAGGGAGACAUCCACCUCAGAACAGACAGCCCCCACCCCAAGGUUACGGUGGGCCCCCUCCACCAGGUCAGCAGCAACAACAACGCCCCCCAGGACAAAUGCCACAUUCCAACUCCAGCCCCUCCCCCAGCAACCCCACCCCUAACCCUGGUGAACAGCAUGUGUCACAUGAACAGUUCCGCAGUGCACUGCAGAUGGUGGUCAGCCCCGGUGACCCCCGGUACAAACUGGAGAACUUUGUGAAGAUUGGUGAGGGGUCAACUGGGAUUGUCUGCAUCGCCACAGAGGCAAGUUCUGGACGACAGGUUGCUGUCAAGAAGAUGGAUCUGAGAAAACAGCAGAGGAGAGAAUUGCUCUUCAAUGAGGUGGUGAUCAUGCGUGACUACAAGCAUCCUAACAUUGUUGAGAUGUACGAUAGCUUCUUGGUGGGGGAUGAACUGUGGGUCGUCAUGGAAUUCCUGGAAGGUGGGGCCCUCACAGACAUUGUGACACAUACAGGUCGUAUGCAAGAGGAACAAGUGGCCUAUGUGUGUCAAGCAAUCCUGAAGGCCUUAGCUUUCCUGCACUCUCAAGGAGUCAUUCACAGAGACAUCAAGAGUGACAGUAUCCUUCUCACACACGAUGGAAAUGUGAAGCUAUCAGACUUUGGGUUCUGUGCUCAGAUCUCAUCAGACACUCCGAAGAGGAAAUCAUUGGUUGGUACGCCAUAUUGGAUGGCACCAGAGGUCAUCUCUAGGUUACCUUAUGGUACAGAGGUUGAUAUUUGGUCACUUGGCAUCAUGGUAAUGGAGAUGGUGGAUGGGGAACCCCCAUUCUUCAACGAACCCCCGCUCCAGGCUAUGAGGCGCAUCCGAGACAUGCCCCCUCCUAAACUCAAGAACACUCACAAAGCAUCACCUCGUUUGUUAGGAUUCAUUGAGCGUUUGUUGGUGAGAGAUCCGUCCCAGAGAGCAUCUGCCUUUGAGCUCUUAGAGCAUCCAUUCCUGAGACAGUGUGGUCCAACCUCCUCUCUCCUGCCCACCAUGAGCCAGCUCAGGCACAAGUAACAAUCCUCCUAGGAAAUUUUCUGCCUUUGAACUUUUUAAGAGCCUCCAUUUCAAACCCCUCUCCUGACUACCGUGAGCCAGCUCAGGAACAAGUUAUGAUCAUUCAUCUCUCAAUCUGACCGUGCACUUCAACCUUAGAGCUCCUAUAACAUCGGUUUGUGAGAAAAUAUGGUUCAAACCCCUCUCUCUCCUGCCCAAUAUCAGUUUGCUCAGGCACAAUUGUCCAUUGUGUGACCAUACUUCUGCCUUUGAGCUUAUAGAUCAAUGUUUGUGAGGUGUUGUGGUCUAAACUUGUGUCUCCUCUGUGAACUGUGAGAACCAGCUCAAGCACAAGAAAUCAUCAAUCACCUCUUAGUCUGACCCUAUGCCGUUGCCUUGGAGCAUCUGUUCAUGAAGCUGUGUGAUCCAAGCAGCUUUCUUGUGCAUGCAGGCUUCUUUAACAAUUGUCCAUACUUAGGCUGUGUGUGCCCAUCAUGUAGGAAAAGGCAAUUUGAAUCAGAUCUUCCUUUACCAGUCAUGGUUGAAAUGCUCACUUAUGCAGAUACCAAAGCACCUCAUCAUGGAUCUUUGACAUAGCUCUCUGUUUGAGUACAUGAUAGUUUGCUGGAGCCCAGGAGUCAUAG